AUGAUUGCUGUACAUUCGAGAUUGUUUUUUCUCUUUACACAUGUAUAUAUUUUAUUUGUAGGAUUACCAUUUUCGGCUUUCAUUGAAGCAUUUUUUCUUUUAUCACAACGUAAAUUUCCCAGUGCUCAUUCAUUACUUGACAGUGUCAGUCAAUUAGUCAACAUUUGUAUUCGUAAUUUAAAUACAUGUUUACAAGCUCCAUCAUCUCCAUUAAUUCAACAAUCAAAUCAAUAUCUUCUUCAUCGUGCAUCUCGAAUAAAUAGUUCAACAAAUCAAUCAUCAAUGAAUAAUCGUUCGGCCAUCAUAGCUCUUCGUUCAACAACAGCUGCAACAAAUCGUACAAUAACUGUACCAUCGUCUGCUCUAACAUCAAAAGUUCAACAUAUAAUUCCAUCAGCAACAGCUAUAACAAAACCAAAUACAGAUGAUAAACCAAAACAAUCAGCAAAAAGUGUUUUUCCUCUUUUUUUUAAUGUUUUAUAA